GUGGCCACAGGUUCAAGUCGGACACGUCCCAGAUGAUGCCUGAGGCGGAAGACUACCUGUUGGAGGAGGAGGUGGGCAUGGCCCAGCCUGUACAGAUCGUGGUGGCUAACGAAGAGGAGCACUCGUUCACGCUGCAGGAGGAGGCGCUGGAGAGGCUGCUGCUGCAGGAGGAGGUGCAGGACCUCCAAGUGGUCGUCGUCUCUGUGGCUGGAGCAUUCCGCAAGGGCAAGUCCUUCCUGCUGGACUUCAUGCUGCGCUACAUGUACAAACAGUCCAGUUCCUGGGUGGGCAGCGAGGAUGAACCUUUGACAGGCUUCACCUGGCGUGGCGGCUGUGAGAGGGAGACCACGGGCAUCCUGGCCUGGAGCGAGGUGUUUGUGGUUGAGAAACCAGACGGCUGCCAGGUUGCAGUUCUACUAAUCGACACACAGGGGGCGUUUGACAGCCAAUCAACCAUUAAAGACUGUGCCACACUGUUCGCUCUGAGCACCAUGACCAGCUCUGUCCAGGUGUACAACUUGUCCCAGAACGUCCAGGAAGACGACCUGCAGCACCUUCAGCUCUUCACUGAGUAUGGACGACUCGCUAUGGAGGAAGUCUACGAGAAACCUUUCCAGACUCUGAUGUUCCUGAUCAGAGACUGGAGUUACCCGUACGAACAUCCGUACGGUUUGGACGGAGGAAGGAGCUUCCUGGAGAAACGGCUGCAGGUGAAGCAGAACCAACACGAGGAGCUGCAGAACGUUAGGAAACACAUCCACUCCUGUUUCUCCAACAUCGGCUGCUUUCUGCUGCCUCACCCCGGCCUCAAGGUCGCCACCAACCCUCAGUUCGACGGCCGGCUCAGAGACAUCGAUGAGGAGUUUAAGCGGGAGCUGGUAAAUCUCGUUCCGACGCUGCUGUCGCCAGAGAACCUGGUGGAGAAAGAGAUUGGAGGAGUGAAGAUCACCUGCAGAGAACUGCUGCACUACUUCAAGGCGUACAUGAAGAUCUACCAGGGGGAGGAGCUUCCUCACCCAAAGUCAAUGCUGCAGGCAACAGCUGAAGCCAAUAACCUUGCAGCUGUAGCAGGAGCCAAAGACAUGUACAUCAAGAGCAUGGAGCAGGUAUGUGGUGGAGAUAAACCCUACAUUUCCCCGACGGAGCUGGAGCGCCGCCACGUGGAGCUGCGGCAGGCGUCGGUGCGGCACUUCCGCUCUGUUAAGAAGAUGGGCGGCGAGGAAUUCUGCCGGCGCUACCAGGAACAGCUGGAGGCGGAGCUCGACGAGGCCUACGCCAACUUUGGCAAGCACAACGACGGCAAGAACAUCUUCUAUGCUGCACGGACGCCCGCCACACUGUUCGCUGUCAUGUUCGUCAUGUACGUGGUGUCGCUGGUCACGGGCUUUGUGGGAAUCAACUCUGUGGCCACGAUGUGCAACCUCGUGAUGGGCGUGGCUCUGACAGCGCUCUGCAUCUGGGCUUACGUCAAAUACUCAGGAGAGUUCCGUGAGGUGGGAGGAGCCAUCGACCAGGUUGCCGAAACCCUCUGGGAACAGGUUCUCUUCAAACUCUUCGAGGUUGCUCGGAGUCGAGUCCCGUUGGGAAGCCUGAUCCCGGUGCCGCGGCCCCGGCUCGCCUCCAACAACAACGUCAAGAAGAAAAACUAGCAGCUCGUCUCUUUGGUCAUGUUUUAUCCCCCCCCUCCCCCCUCUCGUCUGCUGCUCUGUUUUGAAACGGUGUGUUUAGGACGUCUGAGGCGUGUGAAUCAGUUUUUGUUCGGAGUGUAGAUGAGGGUUCCUCGCCGCGCCGGCUGUAGGUGUCAGGAUCGCUGUAGACCCGGAGGGAUCGGUUCAAUGUAUGUUAUUAUGUCGUGGGCGGGGUUAAGGUAUUAUUGUGGGAGGGGCCAUUAAUCUGUCACUGCGUCAUCGCAGGUGUGAGUUCACCUGUAGACGUUUACAAUUCCCGUUUAUGUGAAUGUACGAAUGAAGCGCAUGACCACAGUCCCGCCUCCUUUCGUCUGUCAGGUCUGUGUCUGUCGCCGGGCGGCGUCACGAGGAGGCGUCACAACCAAAGUUUACAGCUUUACUUAUUUCAGACUGAGCGGGGGACAAACUGACGGAUGUUUGGUUUCAGGGUUUUUCUUUCUCACCCAAAAUCAGAAACUGGAGUUUGAGCCGGUUUGAUUCGAGUUUAAAAAACUUAAACUCAGUCAGGAAACAAACAGUUGAGCUUCAAUCUCAACCUCAUGUGGACAAAAUGAUUUCAAAUAUUUAUUAUAUGUCUCAGGCUUCUUCAGUGACGAUGGACUCAUCCAGGCAGGUCUGCAUUUUCAGAAUCAGACAUACUUUAUUAAUCCCUUUAAGUUCAAACGUCACAGAGCUGAGGAAGAGGUGAAAGAGCAAAAGCAGGUAAAAACACAGCAAUAUAAAAAUCAAGUAAGACUAAAAUGAAAUAAAAGAUAAACAUAUGUAGAAAUAAAAACCGGGUAUGUAUAGAUUUGCAUUUGUACAUGAAUGUAAGUUAAAGUAUACACAGUACACAGUACUAGGCUUUAUACAUUACAGUUGUACUGAUCCAGUUUGACUGGCAGGAAUGAUUUCCUGUGGCGUUCUGUCGAGCGUCACUGAACGAGCUGCAGAGGCUAAUCAACCCAUGAUGGACAAAGUUCUCCAGUUCAGCCCAGUACUCAUUUAUAUUAAUACUAUGAUUGAAAAUAUUUGAUCAAGUACAAUUUAGUUAAAUCAUUAGUGUCAACAGGACUUAAACGAGCGUUAGCGAGCAUUUUGAAUUUGAUAAAUAUUCUUAAAGCUAAGAUAAAAAAUGAAUGAAUUAGGAAGGGACAUCCCGUACAAGCAACAUUUUAACUGAACCUUUUCUUUUUAACAGUCUGAAGCUACUUUAUAGGGUUUUGUAUUUAAAGCAUCACCGUUGCUAUGGUUACACCUGGAGUCCACUCCAUAGUUUACCAGCCUCUAAAUCAGAGACUUGUGUAAACGCUGCUGGCCUCGUUUUAGUUCUCUUCCUGAUUGGUUCUCAUCGGUCACAUGACUCGACUACCAGCGGUGAACACACAGCGUCGCUAACACUUCCUGUCGCUAACACUUCCUGUCGGUAACACUUCCUGUCGGUAACAGCUCCACCUCGUCGUCACUCAGAGAAAAGAAAUCCCUGCUCGGACUUUUCACCAUCACUUCCUCCUUCAGAGGAGAUUCUGUCAGUCGGAGCUAAACUAGAAUCAUCUCAGCGUGUUCACACCAAACGUCCAUCAAACCUCCUGUUGACAAAGAUUCUCUACAAGUUCAAAGUUUCUGAUUCUGGGAAAGUAAAAGAACUAAAAACUAAAAUUUCCCUAAAACCAGACUCGUCUCCAUCAGCGUCUUUCUGAUUGGACGAGCGAUGACGACGUCGUUAUUUCAGACCAGUUUGUCAUGAGAUCGCAACCUGAUGAUUUUCUUAUUUUCAACUUAUUUCUAGAAUUUACCUCCAUUUGUUUUUGUGUUUACCUGAAAGAUUCCACAGCACUUGUGUCUGCGCGUUACGUAUGGAGCUGGAGUCGGCUGAGAGUUUUAACCUUCCGCUGCUCCAGCUCUAAACACGAGACUGAUAUCGAUCCUCGGAUCUCCAGAGGAAACUGCGAUAAUUUGCUAAUUUAUGAAAAUGUUGAACAAUUUCUUCUUUACUGUGAAAUAAUUUUGGCUUUUAAACGUUUCCAUGUUUAACUGGUUGUUGGUUUUAAAAGUUCACUUCCAGUGUUUCAGAGUAAAAUCUUUUUAAAUUUCUUCCUCCGGUUCAUCUGUAGAUAAUAUUUAAUUAUUGAACUUGAGUGUCGUUCCCUCUCUCCUCCUCCUCCUCCUCCUCCUCCCCCUCCAUCUGAAGCACCUCCUCUGUUUUUAAAAGCACCAGGAAGUUGUUUUAGUAAAAACACUAAAUAUCCAGUCGAUGCUCGUUCUCACUCAUUUCAGCGACGCUUUGUCAAGACACCGUCGCUGUUUCAGAUUGUAACGCCACGAUCUGUUUAUUGAAUGACUGAAAGGUUCAAUUCCCACUUUGACCUCGGCUCAUGGGGGUCGGAGGUCGUCGCGUUAUUUUGCUGAAUUGUGUUUUCUGACUUAAUCAUCAUCAUCAUUCCAUCCACAUCACCACCGUGUGCUUUUUGUUUUUGUACAGUUUAGUUUUUUAAAGCCUCAUCCACGCACAGGGCAUGUGUAUGAAAUCUAUACAUAUAUAAAUAUAAAUUUUCUAGACCUUUUUGUAGCUGGAAGAACGACGGUCAGGUGGUAGAACCAGAUUCAGCUCACUGGAUGUAAAGGAAUGCUUUCGUGAUUUGUGGAUAUGUCUAAUAAAUUCCUUUUUAUAAAUAUAUUUGUAAAUUUAAUCUUACAUGAGCACUGCGAUUCCACCCCCUGCUGGCAAAGAAUGUUUAUAAUCUGGAUUUUUCUUUUUCUCUUUUUGUCUUAUGUUGCAUUUUGAAGUUAUUUUUCGUUAAUUUAUUUUUCAGUAUGAUAUUAAACCAAACUCCUACGACACAGA